GAAGCUCACUUAUCUCUCUUUGCUACCCGUCGCUUAGCAGAUGCACCUCAACUGGGAUGUUCUCAUUGAGAUUAUGCUUGCUCUCAGUCGUGCGGAUGCAAGCCGCAUGUCGCGUACAUGCUGAACCUUGCUACGCGCUGCUCCACCUAUUCUGUUGAAAGACGAGGUGGUACUGUGGUCGAUGACACGUUUACCCUCGUUCCAUCGGUUCAUAUUCCGAGACAAGCACGAAUGCUUUCGGUAUCUCCGCCCUCUUACCCUGAAAUUCGGAUACCGCCCCACCAUGGGGAAGGCGGUCUACUAGCCGACAUCUUCACACAUUCCACGAACCUCGAACAUCUAGACUUCUCCACUAGCAUAUUACUAGAUGCAGAUGAUCGCAUUUCUCCCGCGUUGUCUGCCUUGAGGCAGCUGCAUAUCCUCAAACUCCUGAAUCUGACUAAACACACAGUCGGCAUGCUCAAGCAGAUGCAGGCACCUCUCACAAAGGUCGUGGUUUCCCUCGUCCGCCGCGACGAUCCCAGUAGACGGACGGACAUGGACCCUGUUCCAAUCUUCGCUCGUUUCAAGGACUCACUACGCGUUAUGAGUGUCACUUUCCCGAAUUUCGCUAGUACGGAGGUCCAGUACCCGCGCGUUGAGACCCUUAACGCCUUUCGUACCAAUCGCGAGCUGAGACCCCUUUUACACUGCUUCCCUAACCUCAAGAACUGUUUAAUCCUCGUGCAUCCGCACGAGGUGUCACUGGAUGAUUGGCAGAUAGAGGUGCAGCGUCGCUUCAACAUAACUUUGCCUACUUCAUGGUCGUCGUUCAACCGCCUCAUUGGUGGCAUAGAAACCUUAUACAUGCUCGCCGUGCGGUGCAAAGUGGACCAUUUGAGCGUAACAGGACCCUUUGCAUUCUCGACCGGAGCCCUUCGGAAGUUGACCUCUGUUCUCGACGACGCACGUCCUACAUGGCUUACCCUCCAGAUCAAGGUCAAAGAGAACGACCUGCCACCUCUGGGCCGUCGCUUAUCUAUCGCGGGAAGCUCAAUAUCUAAGAUGCUGUUACGCCUGGACUUCUAUGGCCCACGGUUUGCGGAUCCUAGUCUCCACAUCCGCACCCCCCAAUCUCUCCAUUCGCACUCUAUAUCUCAGUCUAUACUGUAAUCGUUUCCGGAACCCAGACAUCGAAGAAUACCUGCGAUCUAGUUCUCCUGAGCUACCAGUCGAGGACAUUGACCCCCACAUCAUCGCGGGAGAUGCUAUGCGCUACCUAUCGACUGUCGAGCAAAUUGGAAUCGAGAUUGGCCAAAAAUCAUACAUCUACGAUGUUCAGCGAAGGGUGCAACAGGCUUCGAGGAGUUGUGCCACACUUCCAUCAGAUAUGGCGACGAAUAUAGUGCGCG